AUGGCCGACUUCAAGCAUGAGCGCAGUUCUGAGGAGAAGGGACGCCGACCCUCCCUCCUGGUCCGUCAACUGGAGCCCGACACCGACGACCAGUCCAUUGAUACGAUCACCGCCCUCGUCCAAGAAGACCACGGCCACGAGAUCAAGCUUCGUACCAUGUCGUGGCAGAAAGCCGCAUGGCUGCUUGCCGGUGACCAAGUCUGCCUUGCAAUCAUGGCGCAGUCCUGGUCUCUCUCCGUACUUGGCUGGGUCCCUGGCAUCCUCACUAUGGUAUUCGCUGGCAUCUUCUUCUGGAUAACAUCCAUGACGAUGCACAAGUUCAUCAUGAAGCACCCUCAGAUCAUGGACAUCUGCGACUUUGGCUACUAUGCCUUCGGCAAGUCUCGCAUUGCAUAUCACUUCACGGCAUUCAUGCUGCUCUGCAACAACAUCAUGCUGAUCGGCUUCCACGUCCUCACCGGCGCCAAAGUCAUUAACACUCUCAGCGACCACAGCCAAUGCACCGUCGUAUUUUCCGUCAUCACCACCCUAAUGGGCAUCGUCAUGUCGCUUCCACGCACGCUGAAGCACGUUUCUUUCAUGUCCAUGUUCAGCGCCGCCUGCAUGGGUAUCGCUAUUCUGCUGUUCCUUGUCUUUGCUGGCAUUGAGGAUGCGCCUCUGUACGGCUACCUCGGCGAGUAUCCUACCGCAGGACCCGUUCGGACGUACGCUUUCCCAUUGGCGGGAACAACCUGGGUUGGCUGCAUGAAUGCCGUUCUCAACAUCACCUUCCUCUGGGUCCCGCAGAUCUUGUUCCCGACUUUCAUCUCCGAGAUGGAGCGACCGCAAGACUUCCCCAAGUCGCUUGCUGUCUUAACGGCCAUCAGCAUCUUCCUCUUCAUCGUCCCGCCCGCCAUCGGCUUUCACUACUUGGGCCAGUACGCCACAGCGCCAGCUUUCGGAAGUCUAGGGCCUGUCGUAUACAAGAAGGCCAGCUUCGCGUUCGUCAUCGUCCCCACGUUGGUUAUUGGUGUCAUCUACGCCAACGUCUCAGCUAAGUUCGUGUACAACCGCCUGAUGGGCAAGUCGCAUCAUGCGCAUUCGAACACCAUUAUUGGGUGGACGGCGUGGGUUGGCGUCAUGGCGGUGAUCUGGCUGAUCGCGUUCAUCUUCGCUGAGGUCAUCCCAUCUAUGGGCGAUUUCCUGUCGCUGUUGGGUGCGGCGUUCGACUCGUUCUUCGGUUUCAUCUUCUUUGCUGUGGCCUACUGGCAGUUGUUCAGAGGCAGGCUGUUCGCAAAUGUUGGAAGAGGAAUCAUGUCGGUGGUACAUGCGAUUGUGAUGGUCGUGGGACUGUUCCUACUCGGCCCGGGCCUGUAUGCAGCUGUGGAGGCGAUAAUCGCUGAUUACAGUGGAGGGACCAAGCCGGCGUUCAGCUGUGCUAAUGUGGCGAUCUAA